GCCAAGCGACUAUUUAUUCGCUGAGCUAAGUCAGCGCUACUCAUUUGUCCUGCGGUGUUCAGCGAAAAUAUGUUGCGAUUGGUGGUUUUGGUGGCAUUAGCUGGGCUCUGCAGGGCCGACCUGCCCAUUGACUGCCGCUUCUCUGACGCGGUUGGCACUUGGAUCGUGUCUGAGUCGGCGAGAACUGGAGAUCCUUCUCUGGACUGCAGCGGCGAGCUUGGUGAAGUGGUCCACCAAAAACAGUUUACUCUCACCUACCCAAACCUGGUCACCGACGAGCUCGGCAACACAGGAACGUGGACGCUCGUCUACAACCAAGGGUUUGAGCACGGCACUUUCUGUAUAGCACGCCGUGUCUUAGGCAACAAGACCGGGUCUCGGGUAACAAGGCACCGUGUCUUAGGCAACAAGGCCGGGUCUCGGGUAACAAGGCGCCGUGUCUUAGGCAACAAGGCCGGGUCUCGGGUAACAAGGCACCGUGUCUUAGGCAACAAGGCCGGGUCUCGGGAAACAAGGCGCCGUGUCUUAGACAAGAAGGCUGGGUCUCAGGUAACAAGGCGCCGUGUCUUAGGCAACAAGGCCGGGUCUCAGCAAGAUGCACAUAAGCCCCGUCACUUGGUCGAGGAAGAACUUCCUGGAUUGGAUGAACCAUACAAAAAUGAUCUUGAAAUGAUCGAGAGGAUAAAUUCUGCUCAGAACUUCUGGACGGCAAAAGCUUACCCUCAACAUGAACAGUACACUAAGCGAGAAAUGCUGCGUCGCGGAGGCUCACGCAAGUUCCGUUUGCCCGCCCCUGGCAAGGCAACCGCGGAGCAGAAGGCGAGAGCCGCGUUGUUGCCAACGAGCUUCGACUGGCGGGACGUCGAUGGCGUUAAUUACGUUACGCCUGUGCGGGACCAGGCAUCCUGCGGCUCUUGCUACAUCUUUGCGUCGGCUGCCAUGCUUGAGUCCAGGCUCAGGAUAAAGACCAACUUCUCGCGGUCUGACAUUUUGAGUACCCAGGACGUGGUGUCGUGCUCGCGCAUCUCCGAGGGCUGCGCUGGGGGCUUCCCUUACCUCAUCGCUGGACGGUACGCGCAGGAUCAGGGCUUCGUAGCGGAGGAGUGUAACCCAUACCUGGGCGAGGACACUGCCACGUGCGGCACGGACGUCUCGUGUGGCCGUACCUACGUGAGCGACUACAAGUACCUCGGAGGAUACUACGGUGGCUGCACGGAGGAGGAGAUGCUGGAGAACCUCCUCACUGAAGGCCCUUUGGCCGUCGGCUUCGAGGUCACCGCCGACUUCUACCUUUACAGUGAAGGCAUCUACGUACACGGCGUCGGUAACGUCAAGGCUGACUUCGACCCGUUCAUAGUGGUGAACCACGCGGUGUUGGUGGUGGGUUACGGCGUGGACGAGGCGUCGGGGAUGAAGUAUUGGAUCGUGAAGAACUCGUGGGGGCAAGACUGGGGCGAGCAAGGAUACUUCAGGAUACGGCGCGGCACCAACGAGGUCGGCAUCGAGAGUCUGUGCGUGUCGGCGACAGUGAUUCCUUGAGAACAUCACACGGCUGCGCGACGCUUCGUUCACCUCCAGUUGAUUUUUCUGGAAAAAUUUGAUGAAUUAUC